UGACCUAUAAAAGUCAAACCAGAAGAGCAGUGAGCCACUGUCACUGCAUGGAUACCUUCAGUACUGACUGUCUACACUUUGACUUGCACUUUUAAGCUCUGGAUUUUUGUUUCGAGGUUUCCUUGCUUUCUCUUUGACUCACCUCUUUUUAAGUUAAUCAUUGUUCAUUUUUUAUCAAUCCUUUUUGUGCAUUUUGGAGAUGUUUGGAAAUCUGUGGUUCGUUUGUUUGUGUCUGUCCUUUUAUGGGACAGAAGCACGUAUAUGGGCCUGGAUGCUGAACAUGCCCCACAGUCCUCCCAAAGAAGGAGCAAAAGCACUUCAACAGAGCGCUCCUGUUGCCAAACAAGUCACGGCUGCAUGUGACCACGACAGAGCUUGUGGAAGGGGUUUCUCAUGUGAUCGCCACUUUGGCCUUUGUGUGCCUCUAAGAGGGGAGGGUCAUUACUGUCGGAGAGAUGCGCAAUGUGUUCGUGGACUUAGCUGCAUGUUCGGGAAGUGCCACCGCAGUAUCCCCGAUGGACAAGAGGGUGCCAGGUGUAAAGUUGACAGAGACUGUGGAGCAUCCAUGUGUUGUGCCCGGCAUCAUGGUGAGCAGGUGUGCAAAAGAAGACUGAUGCUUGAUGAGAGCUGUUAUGUGCCUGAUGGUGGUCUGGCAUUCAGCAUCAACCAGAUUUGUCCGUGUGAUGAGGGUUUACUUUGUCGUGAAAGCAGUGGAAAGCUACACAGAGAGAGGGAGUUUAUAUACCAGCCAGAACGAGCAAGCUGGACCUGCCAAGUGCCCAGCCUUUGAUACAUUAUCAACAGAAGUGCUAUUUACUGUGUAAACAUACUGUAUAUAUUUAAAUGUAUAUAUUUCUAAAUAUGCUGUAUUGUUAUUAACUUUUAUUAGAGACUUAAAGCAAGGUUGUUUUUAAGAUUUCACUUUGUAAAUUUUGACAAAAAGCACUACUGUAUGUAGCUGGGCUCAACAAAGCUAGUGUCUUAUCCAAAAUCUUCAUCAGGAUCAUUUGCUGAUCUUUCUUUCUCUAAAUGUCUGAAAUGCUUCAAGUUUUAAGCAUAAAUUA